AUGCCUCAGCCUCCUGUCCAGUCCAGCCUCAGCCUCCUACCUCCAGCCUCCAGCCCAGUACAGCCUCCAGCUCAGCCCACUCCAGCCUCAGCCUCCAGCCCAGUCCAGCCUCAGCCUCCAGCCUCCUGUCCAGUCCAGUCUCAGCCUCCUGUCCAGUCCAGCCUCAGCCUCCAUGCCAGUCCAGCCUCAGCCUCCAACCUCCAGCCUCCAGCCCAGUACAGCCUCCAGCUCAGCCCACUCCAGCCUCAGCCUCCAGCCUCAGCCUCCAGCCCAGUCCAGCCUCAGCCUCCAGCCCACUCCAGCCUUCAGCCCAAUCCAUAG